UUGUAGCUUCUUAUAAAUUUACGUGAUAUGACUUAUCUAGCCUCCUCAAAAAUUUUGGUUCACUACACCACUGUAGAUAAGUCUUUUUUUUCUUUGUUUAAGAUAUUGCCCUUUUCGAAAUAAAAAAGUGCCCUUUUCCCCCUCUGCCCACCCUCACUUUUAAAUUCGCUCCGCCGCCCCUUGCUCCCUCCCUAACUAGAAUAGGUUAUUAAAUAAAAUUAUUCGAUGUUAUCAAGCUACCUCCAUCCGCCCUCUCACCUAAACACCCUUCUCUUGGUAACCACCCCCGAGCCGCCUCUCUCGAAUACAUCGCCCCAACGCGCACUCUCGAGCUCCCUCUCGUAAUACUGUCAUUGAAAUAUAAACAUGUCAUUACAUCGAUCAUUGCCAUUUUCCCGAUUUCAUCAACUACAUGCAUAUCGUUUUAUUCUGCAAUAGAUGCAAAUAUUGAUACGGCAACAUUCACGUCCCAUAUGAUAAUAUUUAUAUACCAAACAUACUAGAAAGGUCUAAAGGUCCCAAUACCCUUGACGCCGGGAAAGAAGUAUGAUAUCUGUUCUUGAUUGAAUUGCCAAGAUGGCGGUCCGUUGUGCAGUAAGUCGUCUGCAAACCUUGUUUGGAUACAAGAAUGUGGCUACCAGGGUACAGGGAGUUGCCAGAGUUGUCUCAUCACGGUCUCAGUCCACCUUACCACCGCUUGUAACGGCCGACGAGUGGUGGGGAAAAUGUCAGACAGCCGAGGUCUUGGGUGAGAAGAUGUCGUAUUACGACUCGGAUGCUGUAAAAACCAGUGGCAAUAAACACGCAGUUAUAUUCCUUCAUGGUAACCCGACGUCUUCAUACCUGUGGAGGAAUAUUAUACCUCGCGUGGAACCCGUCGCUCGGUGUCUUGCGCCUGAUCUUAUUGGUCAGGGACGUUCGAACAAGCUCGCCAACCAUUCCUACCGUUUUGUUGAUCACUACCGAUAUCUAUCUGCUUGGUUUGAUACCGUAAACUUACCAGAAAAGGUAAGCAUAGUGUGCCAUGACUGGGGUUCAGGCCUGGGAUUUCACUGGUCCAAUGAACACAGGAAUAGACUAGAAGGUCUGGUGCAUAUGGAGAGUAUCGUACAAGCCCUUCCAUUAUGGGAGCUCUUGGACAACAGCAUGAGGGAAAAAUUCCAGGAUAUCCGCUCCGAGGCCGGUGAAGAGAUGGUCCUGAAGCAGAACUUUUUUGUGGAACAGCUCCUCCCUUUCGCCGUCAUCCGGAAGCUGCGGGUUGAGGAGAUGGAUGCCUACCGCCAGCCCUUCAAGAACCCCGGGGAGGACCGACGUCCGACCCUGACAUGGCCCCGCGAGAUCCCCAUCUUGGGUGAAGGCCCGGACGAAAUGAUCGUCAGAGCUACGGCCUACAACGCUUUCCUCAAGGACUCGGCGGAUCUACCCAAACUCUGCAUCCUGGCCACUCCUGGAGUCAUCAGUGACUGGAUCGAGAGGAUCACCGAAGAUUGGCCCAACCAGAAGAAGGUCAGGUGCGAGGGCCACCAUUUCCUCCAAGAAGACUCUCCCAUCCAGAUAGGGGAUCAUAUCAAGGAAUUCUUAUCAGAAAUUUAUGAAUAGACUUAUAGCUUGGAAAUGAAUUAUAGAAUGUAGUAAACUUACAUACAUCCCCCCUAAAAAUCUGGGCUAUUUUAUAUCUAUGCUUGAUAACGCUACCACCAUACCAAUAAUAUCGACUCCAGACCGACUAUGCUAAAUUGCGUAAUUCCAAUGGCAUGCCAUCAGUCGGUUUGGAGUAGGUUCGUCGGUGGGACUGUACAUAGCAUAAAACAAUUUUUGAAGUUUGUUCAAUCUAAGAAAGGACUAUGUAGAUGUCGCCUCAUAUAGCCUAUGAAACUCUUCUUUUUUUCUGAACCAUGAUUCCAGCUACACUGUUCAAAGAAACCCUGAUUUUACAGGGAAAAAAAGAUUUUGCAGAAAGUAAUAUUAAACAGAAUCAUUCUGUAAAUUCAUAAAACAGGAAUUUUUCUGCAAUUUACCUGAACAGGUUUGUUAAAAAGUGGGAAAAGAAUGUUUUCUUACAGGAAAUUUGUAAGGUUCCAUACACCAAAUACCAAUUUCCUGUAAGAUUACGCAAUCUGGUAUGAU